AUGAAUUAUACUAUUAUAUUAGACAAUGCAAAUGAAAGUUCACAAAUAUUGCAGAAUGGAUUUCCUGAGAGUACUUUGGCAAAUGUAAUCAUUUUUAUGGAGGCAAGUACUAGUGUUCUUCUCAUGGCUGGAAAUGGUUUUACAAUCGCUUUGAUACAAAAAAGAAAACUUUUGGGACGUUCAACGAACGUUUUUAUAUUUUCCAUCGCAAUUGCUGAUUUUCUAAAUGGAGCAGUUUCAAUACCAUCUCAUAUUCUAUCUAUAACGUAUAAAGGAGAAAUGUCUAUAUACAUGUGUAAGUGUUACACUUUUGUGUCUUAUUUGUCAAAAACGGUUGUGCCAUAUACAGUGGUGUUUAUGUCUGCAGAGAAAGCCAUGAGAAUAUUGUGUCCGACAAAGGAAAUAGUAACUGUAGCCAGAUGUAUGUUUUGUACCAGUCUGUUAUGGUUUUUUGCUGCGUCGUUUAACAUUUGGUGUGUUGUGCUGUUUACCAUACAAGAGGAUAAAAGAAAAACCGACAUUGGUAGUUUUGAAACAACUUCAUUAAGUAGAUGCGUAUUGGACCAGCGAUUCGAUUAUUUACACAUUCCAUUUCUUUCUAUUGAUUUGAUUGUGUUGUGCAUCUUUCCAUUACUUACAACGAUAAUUAUAUUUCUCGUUUUGGCACGGAACUAUUUCACAGUAUUGAAGGAAAGACUUAUAACUUACUUUUUCGUUAUUAAGCUUCUUAUCGCCUUAUUCAGUGUGAUAGUGGUAUGCCACGUUCCAUUAGAAGUAAUUAUUGUCCUUGAUAAAACUUUCUCAGACGCCUCUCCACUAUGGCCAGUGAUUGUAAACAGUGCUAUCAUGAUUUCAUUCACUCGAGGUAUAUGGAACUUAUUAAUCUACGGCUAUUUUAAACACUAUGUGUGUAGGAAGCGACACUUAACAAGUAUAAGAGCUAACCACAACAUUAAUAAAAAUGUCUUUCGUGUGAACUCAUUACGACAGCGAAUACCAAGACGUAGAGAGGUAAUUUGA